GAUUUUGUUAUUAAGCAAUGGAGAUUUUGCAUAAAUUCAAACAAAAUGGUUAUUUUACGGCUGACUUAUAUCAUUUAUUUGCGAAGAAAAAUCUGGUGGAUUCAUUCGAUGAGAUUAUACCGUCGGAAUAUAAAAAGGAAAUGGGUAUGUCAACUGAAGAACGUCUACAAUGUUUGAAUAAUAUCGUAGUGGACAACAUUAUACGCUGUGACAAAUGUACUAACAAAGUUGUUCUAUCGUUUACACCUAGAAUAAUUGUGUUCCAAAAUUUUAAACCAAACGAUAAGAUAGUCGCAAAAUUUUCUGUAAAGAAUAUAAGUAAGGGUCCAACAUAUUUAAACAUGGUAUGCAAGGAAUCUUCCUAUUUCUCAAUUAAACUCUGUGGUGGGCAACUACUGUCACGCCUUGCUCCUGGUAUAAGCGUAACAUUUGCAGUUAUAUUUCAACCAGUUCAAUACGAAGAUUAUAUACAUAAGGUUACCUUUUAUACUGACGUUGAUCAGUAUGUGCUACCUCUGAUUGCCAUAGGUCCGAGACCGAUAUUUGAUUUUCCUGAUCAAGUGUUAAUACCUGAAGUGCCGCUUAAAAUUGAAAGUAAUGUAUUUUUGGCAAUUCAUAAUGUUGGAAUGGUACCCGCAGGUUUCUCCUUGAAUACGAAAAGUCCUUUUUCAGUAGAACCUCAGUCAGCAUAUUUAAAUCCGAAGCAGAAAAUUGAUAUCAAAGUUGGAUUUAAAACGAUGCAUGUCGGUGAAACACAGGGGAAUAUAAGUGCCACUUUUGAAACUGGCGAAGUCUUCCGUAUAAAACUUUUGGGAUCUACGUUCACUGUAAGUAUAGAACUAGAGAAGCAAGUUGUCCGAUUCCUCGACACAUACAACACGAUGGCAAGGCAGCAAAUAUUUAAAAUCAUCAAUAAAUCAAACCAUGUCCUCACCUACGUGUGCAUGAAAAAUAGUUGCGUUUAUAAUGAUUUUGAAGAAAAACUUAAACUGGCUACUAUAUUUUAUGAAUUAAAACAAACCGAGUCAGCUAAGUGUAACAAAUUGGUCCACUACGAUGUGUUGAGCUGUGAUGAACACGAACGAGUUUACACAAGAAUAUUCUUUGACGAGAUACAAUCGUUGGUUGCGGAUGAAUCUUUGCUGUUUCAGAAUACACACAUGUCUGUUACACCUAUUCAAGGAAAGCUCUGGCCAAAUAAAGCAACAGAGCUUAGUAUCACAUUUUCUCCUAAGGAAAUUGGAGAAUUUGAGGCAACGGUAUAUUUAGAUGUGGAUGGCGUAAACGACCGCUUACCACUAAAAAUAGUCGGUACCUCAUUACCACCUCAUAUAACAUUGAACUUGGAAACUCUUGAUAUGGACCGUGUUUACAUAAAUAAAACUUACAAUUACGAAAUUGUUACAAUGAACAGAGGACAUAUAAAUGGUGUGAUUGUGUAUAAACACAUACCUACGUUAUUUGGGAGCAUUAUCACGUGUACACCCGAGAUCCACUGUCUGAGACCUGGCGAUAGAGAGGCAUUCGUGAUUUCUUUCUGUAAUUCAAAUCAAGGACCUUUCUUUGAAGAAAUAAAUUUUGCCAUACGAGAAACAAAUGUCGUUAUUAAACUUUAUUUAAAAGGUGUUGUAGUGUAUCCUUCAUUAAUGUUUAGUAAACCCUGCCUCGACUUUGGAAACGUAAGUUUGGGUGUAUCGAAAACUUUAGAAUUAGAUGUUAUAAAUGAAUCUCUUGUUCACGUGGACGCAAAUGUGAAGAUAUCUUCAGACGGACCAGAAAUGCGAAGUAUAACUCUAACUGAUUAUUCUGUUGCUGACAAACCUAAGCCACCUGUGCCUCAGUGGCCGAGAGAGUUUGACAUCGAACCUCAUAAAAUAAGUAUAGGUCCCGAAUCACGGAUUUCGCUGCGGGUGACAUUAACGGCAAAUCUGAUAAGAGCUAAUCAGACCUUCCUUGAAUUGGAAUUGGAUAAAUCUGACAGUCCACCCAUAGUCUUACCUGUAACAUUCAAUGCCAAUAUUCCACUGAUAACUCCGGCGACAGAGAUCAAAUUGCGCGCUUGUUUUUUAGACUUCGCUUAUAAGCAGGAGAUUCAUAUUAUAUGUAGAGAAUUCUGGGGAUAUUUCACGUUAGAUGAGUCUGAGACAGAAUCCACGUUAGAGGUUGAUGUAGCAGUAAAAGAAGGACUGAUUGAACCAAAUAGUACUCUAAUUUUACCCGUGGCCUUCAAGACAAGCGUUCUCGGAGUUCAGGAAUAUUCUGUUCGAUUAAACUUAUUCGGCUCUACCACGCCAGUGGAAGUGUGUCAAAUAUCCGGUUGCGGGGUGCGUCCUAUCGUGACGUGUGCGCCCGCAACGUUACACUGGGGGCAGGUUAAACUCUUGACGAGGACGCAAAAAAUACUGACACUAUGCAAUGAUUCCCCGGUGGCUGUCGCUUUCAAAGUUUCGUUGCUCAAUCGCGAUGGGAGGUGGCAAAUCUCUCCUAUUGAAGGACAUAUUGAUCCUGAAUCAGAGACAGAGUUAAUCGUCACUCUAUAUUUGAUAGACGCAGACAGUUAUACAAAUAAAGCUGUCAUACAGUUGGAAAAAGUUAAGGAUAUACUUGUACCACUGUCGGCAAGUGGCGUGGGAACAAGUAUUUUAGUUGGAGAUCACAGAGAUAAAGUGGUACUUGGUCGCCAUUUUACAAAAAUCCCAUUAAAUUGCAAAGUCAUUAUGGAGAACUGUGGAACCCGUAUGCAUGCGUUAGAAUGGAGUGAGCAUUACAAAGCUCCUAAAACUAAACAACAUAGUAGUGGAUUUUUUAACAUGGAACCUAGAGUAUUUAAAAUGCUAGCUGGAGAAAAAAUUGAGUUAUCUAUAACUGGCUUGUCUCAUAAAGUAACAACUGUUAAGGAAAUGUGGUAUUUAGUGGGAAGCGUGGAAGGCAUAAAUAAGAAAGAGUUGCUAUUGGAGUGCCAGAUUAUAGCAGAGUUCGUUGAUCCAAAGAUUGAACUGUCAUCUCCCGUCGUUGAGUUUCAGUAUGACUAUGGUCCAUAUAGUGAAUUUUAUAAGUUAACAGAUCUUAUUACAAUUAAAAAUGUCUCAAAAUUGCCUUUGGAUUUUGAAAUUAGUGUUAAGCCUCCAUUUGCAAUAAUUCAAAAGUACGGUUCGUACAAAGUAAAUCCCGAUGAAGAGAACCUAUGUGGUUGUGUGUGCUACGACGAAAAUGAUUUAAAUAUUCCCAGUAUUAUAAAUGAAAUUGGAAAACGGCAAUCUAAAAUCUUUAUAGACUAUUUAACUUCUAAACCAGUCGAUCCUCUAAGAAAAGGACCUCUGCAUUUUUUUCAAGACAUUAACAAAAUUAAAUGCAUAUUUAAUCUUACACAUUUGAUAGAAGAAUGUUUAGAAGAUCAAGAAAUAAUUAAAAUACAGAUUUUAUUCGAUACAACUAAACACAUGUCACUUAAAUCUCGUGUCUAUUGUGAUUUGUUACGUAUUAAAUUUAAGGGACACAAAAAUAAAGAUGCGAUAAAACUUAUCGGAAAGAUCAACUUUCCGAACAUAUAUGUUUUGACUCCAAGAGUUGAUUUUCAGUGCGUAUUAAACGGAACAAUUGAAAGUAGAACUAUUAAAAUUCAAAAUGUGACUCCUCUUCUUGUUUGCUACAAAUUUAACUGGAAGAAAUGUAUCAUAAAUACAGCAACGAAUCCGAUUGGCGUAUAUUCAGUAAGCCCCCGUCAUAUUGGUGAUGAAAAUGAAUUAUCAAAAUAUAAAAUAAUGAAAAAAAUUGCUCCUAUGUUAGACACAGUAUAUGACUCACAAUUUCAGUGGAUACAUAAAUUUCCAAAAGUUAAUAAAGUUUCUUACGUCAAAAUGAAUGAUAUUCUUCAACUUGUUCCUUAUUCUGGGAUGUUGAAACCAAAUGAAGUCCAAUACGUUAAUGUAAUAUUUAGACCAAAAUCUAAUAUAAACGUUCGUGUGAUAUUAGAAUGUGAAGUGUUAGGUGGGCCACUAGAAACGAUUAUUAUUACUGGUCAGAGUUCUGAGUUGCUGUACAAAAUAAGUACCCAUAAACUUAAUUUCAAAAUACGUUCUUAUCAUGAAAAUGCUACGGAACAAUUGACCAUUUCAAACAUUGCACAGCUACCGUUUGAAUAUAAAACCUACUUAAACGAGCCGAUGUUUAAAAAUAGUCUAUAUGGGACCAUUAUUGAUCUAGUUCCGCCUGAAAAAAAAUUGGAACCAGAACAGCAAUCGGAAAUUAAAAUUGAAAUGAGACCCGGAAUAAUGGGAUAUUUUCGUCGAACUUUUCUCCUAGAAAUCGGGCAUCUUCCUUUUAUACCUAUAGAAGUUUUUGGUUGGGGCGUUAUACCUCAAAUAUAUUUGUCAUUACCACGACCAGAUAUUAUAAAGCUUGAUUUGGAGUUGGGUUAUUUAGCAAUACCUACGCUUACGGAAGAAUAUUUAGAAGCGCUUCGUGAAGUAUUCUCUAGUACUACAUCCGAACAUUUAAAUACACCAUUAGUAGAAGAAUGUUUUGAAGAUCCUUAUUUUCAACUUGACUGGCAUAUAUGUUCUGCUUGGGAUGCUUAUCCUUCUGUCAUGGACAUCGAGUUGGCAAUAGAGCGAAUGCUAGUUAUAAAUCAUAUCACUUUGCAUCCAGAAAUUUUAGUUUCAUUUCAAACGGCGUCAAAAAUUGGAUCUAUUCCUGGUUUUGCCACAAUUCCCUAUAUGAUCGACUACGGUGUUGUAAUUACAGGCAGUACGAUACAAUGUUGUGUUGAAAUAAUAAAUUACGGACCAAUUGUAACAAAGGUGCAUAUUGCCAAAAGCACCCAUCUUCCACCUUGGUUGGCAUUGAAGUUAUGUGGAAAGUUAGGUCCUGGUGAAAUGGGUAAACUUGAAAUUAUGUUUGCGCCAACGUCAGCUGAUAUCACUGAGUUGGAGCAAAAUGUUGAAACAUUCUUUAAUUUAGAGGUUCCAUAUGGGGUGACAAUACCAGUCCAAAUAAGGGCUUUAUGUGCAGUACCUUAUUUAGUAUCUAAUGUGAGAGAAAUUGAUUUUGGUUCUGUGAGAUGUGGAGAUAAAGUUGUAUGUUCCAUUCCCAUAAAAAACAUUGGAAAACCUACGUGCAUCUGGUUCGUGACAUUAAGAUUGAAAACUCCGGGGUCAAACGUUAUGACGGUUCUUGAUAGCUCUGGAAAGUAUGAACCUGGUGAAGGAGGGUGGUUGAGUAUCGCUUUCAAGCCCACGAUAGAGAUGGCCUACGAGGGUGUUUUGAUAUUUAAAUUUCACAUGAAUCCCAACCGACUAACAAUACCGAUCACCGGUCAAGGGAUAUUACCUCAAGUGCAUAUAAUUGGACCGUACGUUAGCUUUCCACCGACGCUGCCGUGGGCAGAAACAUCUGAAAAUUAUUUCGGCUUGACAAACCCUUGUCCAUUUCCAAUCGAACUUAUAAUAGCGCAUAGUGAUAAGCAAUGGAAAGAUGAGGAGGACGUGUACCAAUUACUAUAUAAAUAUUACAAUAAGCCUGAAGAGAUGUUGGUACCAGCCUCAACUCCGGGCUCUGGAAUGCCACCAGAGAUAGUUAAUUUCUAUAAGAAAUUUAAAGAAAGAGUAAAGAGAUGCAAAGAAGAGGAAGCUCAAUCAUCGAAGCCAUCUACUGUUCGAGCGUCUGCUUCUUCGCGGAAAGCUAAAAGUCCAAAAACCAAUGCGAAAACAACAUCUGCAGCAAAAGAAGCAGCAACUCCUAAGAUACAUAGAACAGAAACUGAAAUUAUAAAUGAUGUAAUAAAGGAAAUGAAAGAUGCAAAUGUGGAUCCAUUAAAAGAAUGUCUCAAUGUUUUCGAUAUUACAUCGACAGACGAUGAUUCUAAAGAUAAGCAUUCCAAUGGGAUGCUGAUUUUUAUGCAUGGAUCUCCCUGUGAAGAAAUGCAGUGCCAAGAAAUUGCUUAUGCGAUGGGUAAAGCACUCGGACUUCCAACAAUCAACGUAGACUUGUGUUUUAUUGAGGCUUUGUGCUUUUGUAACUGCUCCGCAAAAUUUGUACUUAUUCAAGCAAUAAACGAAAUGUAUGAGAUAUCAAGAAAGAAUGUAACCAAAACUGAUUCUGAUGUAGAUGAGACAGAAUCUGAGGGUAACUUAUCACCUGAAGAAAAAGACGACAAUUUUGAAGUGUUAUAUAAAAAGAUGGAAUUUUUGGCAAAUAAUAAAAAUGUCACUCCACGAUCUAAAGUUAGUGAUAAGAAGAAGAAAAGGUCACCGACUUCUUCAGUUAUAUCGCAUACUGCUGUAGGAGCUAUCGGAUCUUCCACCAUGUUUCAAAUGGAUUUAUUUCAAGAAGUUUUGUCUGAUUACCUGAAAUUACCAAGAUUUGAUAAAGGUUUUAUAGUAGACAGCUUAACAAGUAUCGCUAUAAAAAAUCCGCCGCAAGUGCUCACUACUCUCAUUAAAUGUAAACGUAAUAUAAGGAAUAUACACCUCGUAUUAUGUCAAUCGGACUUUAACAGAUGGGCUCAGACUUAUGAAGAUAAUCUACGAGAUGCCGAUCUGGGUGACGAGGAGACGUCCAAAGUAUACGAUGAGACGGAAAUUGCAAAAAUUGUGCAGUCGUUUGAUGAAAUGGAAGGUGAAGAAUUCGAAUCUAUAAGUCCUGAAUUAAAAUAUAUUUAUAUUAAUUAUGGUUUGGAAGAAAGACGUAAUAAGCAUUACGAAAAAGUCGGUUGUCUCAAAUUAGCUGUGUCUAAAGAUAAAAGUGCUAGAGAUCAUAGUAGAUCAGUUUUAGCUAUUGAUAAAUCAGAAUCUAAAAAGAAAAUAAAAAAAGACGACGUUAAAGCAAAAGCUACAAGUGAAUAUUUGAAUAUGAACUUGAGGUAUAACGAAUAUAUUAAAACUACAUACGAGAAUCUAAUAAAUGUUGCAAAUAAUUGGGUAUUAGACCUUGAAGAUGUUGGUAGUCCACUAUAUGGUUUUAAUGGACAAGUGCUAAAUUCGGCUCAAAAGAAAGUUAAGCGAAAAUCUGAAGUACAAAUACAAGUAUCUGAUGUCAGCUUGUCGGAAAGAGGUUUCCCUUUGACCGUUAUUUCAUGCCCUUGUCUACGUUACAAGCAGGCAUUGGUCAAUAUGUUUACUAAAUCAGCUGCCGUACAAGAUGCUCUCAAAGAAGAAGAAAAUUACGAUCUACUUAAAUUUCCCAUAAAUAAAAAGACGUAUACGGUAUUGCUACCCAAAACUUUUCCAGUAAUAAACAGCGAAGAGCCUUUAUGUUGGUACUAUUUAGACGAACCACCGAUAAAAAAAUGUGAAUGCAAUCAGGUCAAUGAUUUAAGUUUAUUAGACGAUACGACUCAAGAUAAUAUUUUAAAUAUAUUAUCAAAAUGGCAUUGUACUUGUGGUAAAAAGGUAACUUCUUCUCAAACAUCAACAAGUGAGAUACCAUCUACAUUAAUCGAAAGGGUAUUACCAGAAGAAAGUCAAAUUGAUAUCAACUAUCCUGUUCCUCUGCAUAGUGUAAAAUCUUUAUCUGAUCGUGAUACACGUAUAAUUUUAUAUCCUGGAGAUCUAGUAAGAUGCAAAUAUACAUUCAGUCCGAAAAUUGAAGGAAAUUUUAAUGUCAGAAGGUUCGUUGAAGUUAGUGGAUGGCCGGAAUCACGAGUUGAUAUAAUUGUAUCUGGUAUAUGCGAUUUGCCAAGAUUAGAUAAUCGGCCAAAAAAAAUGUUUGAAAAUUUUGUCAGAAGAACUAUAGAAUAUGAAGUUUAUAAAGGUGCGUAUUUAGACGAUCAAAAGGUUUUCGAUUUCGGACCUAUUUUCAUCGGAAGCAAUAGAAUAUACGAAGAAAAAUAUACCGUAGAUUUAAGAAAUUCAUCAUUGAUAACGACUGAUAUUGAGAUUGCAUUCAUUGAAGACUCAACCGUUUUUCAAUUUGACAGAUCUUUUAUAAGUUUAGAGCCUGGAUGUCGGGGAAAGUUAAUAAUAAAGGCUGCUCCAACUGAAAUUGGAAUUAAUACAACUAUUUUGAUGUUCUGUAUUAAAGAUAAUCCUGAAAUUGUCACUGUAACUAUAGCUUGUAGUGGAGUUGUACCUGUUGUAGAAAUUCUGCCAUUGACCAAAAUUAUAGAGUUUGGCAAACAUUUAUUAUAUCGUCGUGAAGAUGAUAGGUUUAUUGUGAAAAAUGAUUCUAUACUUCCCAUUAAAUGGAAAAUACGUAAUACAGAAGAUUUUGUUGAAGAUUUUUUAAUAACCCAAAAGACUGGCGUAGUUGCAAGGAACGACAACCAGAUCGUCCCAGUGACCUACAUAGCUUGCAGAGUUGGCGUUAUAUCUAAUAAAGCACUAACUAUUGAUAUAUACGACGCAGAAGGCCGCGGAGAUCCAAUGUUAACAGAUUCGAUAUUCUUGUCUGCCGAGUGUUAUGACGUGAUGGUAGAAUGUGCGCACGAGAACCCAAGCGAAAAUUUCCUAAAUUACGGCAAUGUGAAAGUUAACUCGACUGUAGUUCGGGAAAUGUACUUAUUAAAUCGUGGCAGAUAUAAUGUCUUCUAUAAAUUGAAAAAAGUUAAGAAUUUCCCUGAACCAUCUUUACUACGAUCAUUCGAAGCAGCACCAGAGUGUGGUAUCAUACCACCUUCUUUGAAGCUUGUCAGUAUAGAAUUUGUUUGCACUCCUACUACUUCCCUAAAUUUAGUCAAUGUGCCUGCCUACAUUUGCUCUUUGCUAGACGGAAGUAAAAAUCAAGUAGUCGUUGCAAAAUUUCCCGUGUGCGUUACGAUUGCCUCUUUUUACAAUACUUUCACAUUGUUCCCUCUUGGCGAAUUGAAUUUCCAUAUAAUUCCCGUGGGAAGUGGUGUAAUACGUGAAGUUAUUUUGAACAAUACCAGUAAAUGUCCUGUAACAUAUGAAAUAGUUCUUCCGUUAAAAUAUAGACGUGAUCCUGAUGAUCCUCAAUCCCAAGCGAAAUUAAAAGACAACAAAUUAAAGAAUCCACCGUUAAAUUGUGGAAAUUUUCUAAUUUACAAUGAUGACAACCUUCUCGCACCAGGCACAAGUAGAACUCUUCAGAUACAAUUUCAUGCUACGACUGCUACAACGUUUCAAGAAACAAUUAAAUUUGUAAUAAGUGAUACUUGUCCUGCUGAAAGCCAGGGAGUUCCACUUAAGCUUGUAGGGACAGGAGCAAUGCCAACGUUGGAUUUCUGGAAUUUAGAAACAACGUUCCGUGAACAUUUAAUUGUAAAAAAUCUUUUUGAGUACAAAGUUCCUGAGUCAUCUUCGCAUUGCGUUUUUGUGGAGGACUCUGUCACGCUGCACUUCUUUUGUGUAACUGUAAAUUCAAAGUAUGUGGCAAUUCUCGAUCUUUAUAAUAGCGGUUUGGUUGCCUGUGCAUUGACUAUGAAACUACACUAUCAGAAUAAUUCUAAUUCAGAUAUAUUUUCAUUGGACAAGUAUCAGACUCACAUAGAACCUUUAUUGCACAAAAAUUUGGGCAUAAUAUUUAGCCCUAAAGCUCUGGAGGAAUAUAGAGCAAUUUUAGAAAUUAGACUAAAACUAUUGCAAAACCAAGAAAAAUCAUUUAAAGUUUGUUUAAUCGGGGAAGGUGUUAUACCGAGAAUCGGUUUAAUAAGUCCUAAUUUGAGACAGAAACGAUUGGCCGUACUUAAUUUUCCGGUUACUUGCUUGGGUUCAAUUUCUCAUAAAGAAAUUCGUUUCAAAAACGUUAGUUCAGUGCAGGCAAUAGUUUCAGCACAUGUGUUAUUACCUGUGAAAGAAGAAAGACCUAUUUUCUGGCUUACGUCUGCCCCAGACAGCGAUCACACGAUUUUAGUUGGCAAUAAUGAUAUCUCGAAUCUAAUUAUGAAUGUGUUAUUAAAACCCAAUGAAAUUGUAACAUUGAUAGUUCACUAUAAUCCGAUAAACAGCGGAAGAACGUCUUGCGAUGUGAAGUUAACAAUAUUUGAAAAUCCCUACGAAUAUUUUACGAUACUAUGCGAAGCAGAAGCCUUCAUGGAAGAUGUUAUACUAUUAGGACUGGAGAUGCUCUCUAUGGAAAUCGAUUUAAACGCUUAUAAAUCUUCAGUGGAUGGGACCGUGUCAACGGUGUCUACAGUUGAUAGCAGGAAGAAAAGUAAAAGCGCACCUGUCGAUAAGAAAAAGUCUCGGCAACUAGAUGCCAAGAAAUCUAAAAAAGCAUCACAAGCAUCUGUAAAAGCUAGCGACACAAUAACCAGCGUCGAACACUCUGUCCUCAAAUAUCUUUUAAAUUUUGGCGGCUGUGAAUUAUGUGUUGCACAUAGACGAACAGUAAUCAUGGUUAAUAAUUCUGAAAAAGUAUAUAAGUUUAAAUGGGAUAACUUGGAACAUAUUAUUGUUAAACCAUCGAUUGGAUUCAUAUCGCCGGGGGAAGAGAAGGAUUUAGAAAUCAUUUUCUUCUGUUCUCAACCAGUAGUACUGAGAAAGGAAUUUUUAAAUCUGACCUUAGUAGCUAUAAGUGACGAUUUCUUCACUUUGGACAUAAAAGCAAGUACGUGGGAUAGUCGGCAAACGGUGACAAUAUUUGACCAUAAUAGAGACGCUGAUUUAAACGAGAGAUAUGAAACUAUUGUAAACGAACAAGGUAGUUUGAUUCGUGGAUAUUUGUCUGAUGUUAUUCACAUGGUUGUUGUUUAUUCGGCUACAACGGAAUACACUAAAUACGUAUGUGGUUUAGAAGGCGAAAAGAAUAUUGAAGAUACAUUUAUUUAUCAAAUAAGGUCAUUUACUUUUAAAGUACAAAACACUGGUAAAGUUUUUUUGAAAAUGGUAUGGAAUUUUAUAAUAGACGAUGAGUAUCCGGCUAGAAUUGAUAAGUUACAAGAAGGAUACGUCGAUAAAGCUGGAACGCCAUGCGCAGUAGAGCCAAAAGAGCAACAUUCCUUCGUUGAAAAUGGUGAAAAUGAUCCUAGCAGAAUUACGUUGUACAGCGGUAGCAUAGGAAGAGAGAGUGUGGACACAUGGUUUGAGGCGAAUCUGCCCUUCGUAAUCGAACCAACAAAAGCGUGCAUAAAACCUAACGAGAAUAGAGAAUUUAAGGUGACCUUUGCACCAUUAGAAGCAUUCCAGUAUAAUGUGAGACUGAAAAGUACUAUAGAUAAUUUAGAUCCAUAUGACCAAAAUAUAUCUUGCAAAAUUCGUGCCAAAUCGCUGGUCCCGUACGUCCAUCUAGAUAUUGAAGAGAGCGAUUAUUUAACGUCAGAAAGGAGAAAAAUAACAGGAUCAAAGCUCCCGGCGCACACCACCGUGCUUGAGUUUAAUGUUCUCGGAUGGGGAUGUUAUAAAAAAUCCUUCGACGUGAUUAAUCCGACAAGCGAGGGCUAUGAAUUCAUUUUCGAAAUGGUGAUGUCCGAAAAAGGAGAGCUGGUCCCUGUACACUGUGACAAGUUAAAGGGCUACGUUGAAGGAGGCACUUCUACUGAAGUGGUAUUUACAUUCUCACCAACAGCCCCAGGGACAUACGAAUCUCUAUGGAAGUUUAUAAUGCCGGUUCAUUCGCUGGUGGUGAAUUUACUAGUCGUUGGUAUUGUUCGUGAGCCAGAAGUAGUAUUUGUUCCUACUAUCUUGAUUAUAAAAAACUCUUUGGUGGGCUUCACUACAAAUAAGGGAGUGAUAUUAAAGAAUAACGAGGAUGAAUUUUUAAAUUUCGAAUUCAAAGGAAAUUCUCUUUGCAACGAAUCUGGAAAAACACCAGUGAUAGUUGAACCUGAAAGCGGCGUAUUAAAACCAAGAUCAGCCACUAAUAUUAAGAUAAUUUACACACCAACUUACGACGGACCGCUUUCUUUCAAGAUAUUUUGUAGUGUGACUUAUUUGACCAAGUUGAUAACUUUGUGCGUCAACGCUUUAAGUUAUUCAAUAAAACCAAAAGUUACUUAUUAUCUAAUAGGCAACGAACAUGUACUUAGUAGUGACGCUGCCACCAACAUUCACUUGGAUCAAACUGCUUCAACUUACGAAAGAAGAAUACCAUUUACAGUUAAAAACGAUGGUUCCGCGACAUUUUUCUUUGACUGGCGCUACAAUACCAGUUCAGUUAAGAAAUAUCUUCAAGUACAAAUAGAGCCCCGGAACGGCUACGUUUUGCCUGCGAAUGAAGUGGAAUGCAUCAUUCAUUUUACGUUGAAGAAAGUUCCUGUACAAGCUUUUCCUAUUACAUUAUCGAUAUCUGAUGGCCCAGCAUAUAACAUAAAUCUACAUGCAGAAAUAGAGAAGCCACUUUACUAUUUUUCGUGUAUGGAAUAUGACUUCGGUCGGUGUAUUGUAAAUGCUCCGGACUCUACGUACAAGAAAAACAUAGCAUUUGUGAAUAAUGAUAAAGUUCCUAUUAAUUUGGACUUAAAUUUUGCAAACUUGCCGGAGCUGUUUGUAAUCUAUAACAAAGAUGGUUGCAUCGAACCCAACCAUAGGUUGAAAGUCACGUUUUACUUUCGUCCGAAGGAAGUUAAGCAUUAUGAAUUUGAGUUGCAGUUUUGGGUAAAUUCACUUUGCGAAGAAAUAAUUAGGAUCAAAGGCGAAGGUGUUCCUCUACUAUUUGAUCUUUAUGAAGGCUGUCAAAAAAGUUUCGACCUUGGUACAGUAAAAGUGGGAGAUAGAAUCGUUCGACAGAUCGAAGUUAUGAACCACAGCAAAGUACCAAUAGAUGCAUCUUUUGUAUUUAAAGUCAUAACUCCCAAUGUAGAGGACAACAUUAAAUCUGAAGGCACUAGUGUGUGUCUUAGUCCUAGUGUUGCAAAUCUUCAGUCUUCAGUAUUAGGCCCGUCUAGAGGAGAAAUGCUGCAACAAUACAAGGAUGAAAAAAUACGCGAACAGAUCGCAUUGGAUUCCCAAAACUCAUUGGCAUCGUUGAAAGUGGUGCCCACUAAAUGUAUUAUUAGGCCUUACAUGAAAGUACCAUUAAAAAUUCAGUUCAAGCCCGUUGGAAUGAUAAGCAAUCUGAAUGUUCAGUUGCACAUGGUGGUGUUGGAGUUUUCUCGGCCUCUGGUGCGCGUACGCGGAAGGGCGGCUGGCGCGUGCGUGUAUCUCGGUCGUAGCUCGCUGCAAUUCGGACGCGUGCGGCGUCGCGGUUGCAAAGUGCUGAAGGUCAUGCUGCACAACACUGGCGACUUUGGUGCCGGGUUUUGGUGGCAACCGCUGGUAUCCGAUGAGUUUACAAUAUCGCCCAUGCAAGGAGCUAUAGCCGCGCGUACAAACGUCACAUUCACGAUAACAUUUAGACCUCUUAAUCAUAAUCCGUUUAUUAAAGUUUGGGCAUGCUGCAAUAUUGAAAAUUAUAUGCCACUGGACUUAGCGUUGUAUGCUACGUGUAUCGACACGGGAAAUAUUCAGAACAAAACGCUUUACUUCGAAUGUCCUGUUAGAGAAGUCGAGACGCAAUAUGUUGUCGUCACUAAUCCUUCUGAUGAUAUGUGGCUGAUUCUCUCAGAAAUAUCGGGCGGACCGUUUGAGACUUUGAAAGAAUUUCAAGUUGAACCUAAUUCUACAUUCGAUAUUCCUGUAAAUUUUAAGCCCAAGACUAUGGGCAAGCAUGAGAGUCAAGUGCUCUACUCUCCUUUGGGCGAGAGCGCCCUGUUCGUAAGCCUGUCGGGUAAUGCCGCGCCACCGCGACCCAGCGGUGCUCGAUCGCUCGUGGUGCGCGCUAAACGGGCUCAUGUGGAAGAGUUGCAUGUUCACAACAUUACUGAGUUUCCAGAAUCGUACAUCGUUUCUACGGAAGUUGUAAAAAUCAUCCCUGACAAAUUUGAAGGCUACUAUGAGAUAAAAUAUCCCGAUGUUAUAAAAGUAUGGGGAGAAGCAGCUGCGAAGUGUCGAUGGACGUUCGUGUGUUAUGAGGAAUGUGAAAUGAUUAUUAAAGUCAUGUUUAUAAACGAAGUGUCUCGUGAGUACCAAUACUACGACAUAAAUAUGUCAGUGAUUGCGAGCGAUAUCGUGGACACAAUCGCCUUCAAGUGUCGCGCACGCGAGUCAGAACGCCGCGAACUCGUACUCGUCAACCCACUCUCGAGGGUGGCGGAGUUCCGCGUGCACUGCGAGUCGCUCCAGUGCCCUGACACGAUCAAGAUAGGUGGGAACUCUGAGGCGGUUCUUGGAAUGGUAUAUUCGCCCCUUGUUGUGGGAGAAUCUCGGGAUGUCCUGGAAGUGAGCAACGACCUGGUCGGGUCUUACAUAUACAGCGUGGUGCUAAAGUGCCUACCAGCGAAAGUAAAAAGCUUAGAGUUUACGACCUCACUAGGUUCCCGAAUACCACUACGUCUUAGAGUCCAGAAUAAAUCAGACGUCCGAGCUGAUUUUACUGCAUCGGUUACCCACGCAUCAAUAAUAACGGAAAAAGUAUAUACUUUGACUCCCUCUGAGAAAGGAAAGUUCCAGGCGUGGUUUGAACCCAUUAACCUCGGUAUCCAGCACUCUAGGGUAUCUUUUGAUUCGCCUGAAGGUGGGGAAUUCGUUUUCAAUAUUAAAGGCAUAGCAAAAGAGCCGAGGCCUCAAGGACCUUAUGACAUAAAAGUUGGUGGAUUUACAACGAUAACAUUUAAAAAUGUUUUCGAAGAGACCCGAAUGUUUAAAAUAACUGUCGAUCGAGAAGAGUUCCAAGUUAAAACUUUGUACGAGCCAGUAAAAUCUAAGAAGGAUUUAAAAGUAGUGGUAUACUUAAGUGAGCACCAAAAGCUAUCGUAUCCUCCAACCGGCUGCCUCACAAUUGAAACUUACGAGCCACAGGAUCCAAAAGUUCAGUGGACGUACUUUCUUCAAGGAGUUUUGUGAUUUGUAAUAUAAUUUUAGAAUGAUUUUAUAAAUUUCAAUAUAGUUAUUAUAAACA